AUGAAUUGAAGCUCGACUCGAGCUCGUUUAAUAAACGAGCCUCAUAUUUAGGCUCGAGCUUGGCUCAUGCUCGUUUAAUUCGAUCUCGAGUCGAGAUUUUAACGAGUCGAUUCCGAGUAGCUCGACUCGCUUACAACCCUAAGUCCGGUUGCCGCGUUUUCCACAAACCGCCGCUUCUAUCUCCUUCUAUCAGCUCCAUGUACCUACUGCUUCGAUCGUCUGGCGUAUCUCAUGAAUUUUGUGGUAAGAAUCACGAUUUCAGGAACAAAGGGGAAGUAGAAAACACCGACUCCGCCUCUACCUUGAUGAACUUCUUGAUCUGAGCCCUAAAUAAAUUCCAACCACACUUACAAUCGACCGACAUAGGAUUAAUGAGAUCAUGAGAAGAAUAGAGGUGUUGGGAAAAAUGAUUUCCCUUUCAGACAUCUGGCAGGAAGUUGACAAAUUCAAUAUGUUUCACCCCUAUGCAUUUCAUUCAAAAUCUAGAAUCUUAAAACAGUACAAUUGGUUGGUGUUUGUUUUCAAUGUCGAUAUCAAGCAACAGUUGAAAGGGAUCGGAUCUUGUGUUGAUAACAGCAGGAAUGUGAGGUGGGACAGACUUUGGAGCUACUCCAGUUGUGCCCAUACAGCAAAAGAACAAAUCUUCAAUCUUUUCACCUACAUACCAGUGAGGACUGUUAUGAUAAUGGGCCAGAGGAGGGACCUUGGCAUCUUCUUUAGUGGUUGUCUCGUUUUUGUUGAGCAUCUAUGGUUGUUUGUGUAUUUGUAUUGAAUAUUCAAUUUUGAUGAUUAGGGAACCAUGUAAAAGGAUUUUUAUUUAUGUAAUAUAUCUAUAACAAUUGUAACACCUGUUCCAGGUAUUAUUUAAUUUAUCUAAUUUUUAGGGUUUUGUGCAUGGACUCGGGGAGUUGGGGAGCUCCAACUCGUCGAGUAGAGGUUACUAUGAGGACGCGAGACUUCAGACCUACUCGACGAGUCGGAGGACCCGACUCGACGAGUAGGCACUGUAAAGAGAAACCCU